UUUUAAUGCCUUUGUUCCUUUACAAGGGUGGAAAACAAAACUCAGCUGUUGAGAUGUGAAGCUGAAUCAGGUAACCCUGUGAUAUUAAAAUGCCACAGACGAAUUUAUGGUUCUCAUCAUCGGUGCUCAUAAAGCGGAGGGUUAUUAUGGGCUGAGCGGAGGAGGAGCGGGUGGGGCCUGGCUGGGAACAGAGGCAGACUGUGGUCACUGACCGGAGACUCCACUGGCUUUUAUUCUACUCAAAUCAGACCGCAUGUGUCUGACCCAGGGGUCCGCCUGCUGCCGGGAGCCAACUGCACUCAUUUCCCCGAUAUCUGACAGAUGGAUGCGGUGCUGUCGUAGGGGAGGAGGAUGAAAAAAUCGCCCGAUAUGUUUUUUUGGCAUUUUCGCUCAUAGCCUAUUUAUGGGAGGCAGCAGCGGCUUGGCCCUUUCUUUAUUAUAGGAACGAGAUCUCCGCGGUUAGCUAUGUGAAGAGCAGAUCGCCUAUCCUCAUUUCGUGAUCCUGACGAAUAAUUAUGAACAACGCUCAAGAUAUGUCGCCCGAUUUCGUGUUGAUGCGCCUGGUUUCCGCGGCCGAAGAUGACCGCUUGGACGCAGAAAACGGGAAUCUGCCACCGGGAGGAGUGGUGGCAGGGCUGGGGAAGGAGGUCCUGGCUCACAGCGGCGUUAAAGCGGGUUUGGAGAUCAGCCGAGAUCCGACGGCGGGCCUCGAGCAUCCCAGCAGCCACCUGAACAAAGCCCAGCCGAGCAGCGAGGGCACGACUGCACCUGACACCGGGGUGACGGAGAGCCGAGCCCCGCUGUCUGCGCCUCCCCCGCCGCAGAGCUCCAUGGAGGCCCAGGGCUUCGACUUCGCUCCCAACCCCGGCCUACGGCCUCAGCUGCUUGUCUUCUCCAAUAUAAUGCGGAACGGAGAGGGGAUUUUAGAAUUAGACCGUCGGAAUCAGCCGAGGGAUGUUCUGGAGCAGAGCCCGGGCUCUGGCUGCUCCGGCCCAGCUGUCAAUAACAACAGCCUGAGUCCCGGAGACGUCCAGCAGCAGCAGAACCUGCUGGACCGGGCAUGGGGAGCGCAUCCGCCAGUCUCUGUAUCUGCAGAGAUGCAGGGAGCUGCGGAGCUGUGCCGCCGGCAUCGACUCAUCAGCACCCCGCCCGAGUGGCCCGUAUUGUCGGAGAGAUCCAACCCUCUCACCGUGAUCGACUCGAAAUGGGGAUGCACCACUAGGGACAGAGAGGGAGCCGUGUUCGAGCUGGCCCGGCGGUUCGGAGAGCUCGGGGUUGGCGCGGUCCCUAAGAUGCUGUUCAAAGCAGGGGAGCUCCCGCAGUGUUCGUGUCAGGGUGCACACGGGCCGGGAGGAGGGGGAGUCGAGCCCGGUGAUGACCCGACAGAGACUAGCGACGCUUUGUUGGUGCUGGAAGGGCUGGGGAGCGGGGACGUGGACGGCCUGGGCAUGGAUGAGUGCCUGGAGGACGACACGGACGACGAGAACGGACGCCGCGAGUUUUUACUCAACAGGAAAAGAGAAAUAGUUCAGAAAAUGUCGGGAGCUUUCUCCAUCAGCAGUUUCCAGGUGGAGCUGAGGAGGCAGGUGGAGGAGAUGGCCCCGGCGGCGACCGAGGCGACGGCAGCGGCGCACCUUGGCGCGCAGGUGUGCAGCCUCCACGGGAAUCUCUCCAGCCGGCUGUCGCAGGUAAGCUCUGGGAAUGCAGAGGUUGUCAGUCACGUUUCAGUCAAGUCACCGUCGCCUACGCCGGUCCAGAGCUCACCCUGGGCCACGAGUCCAAACCCGAGCCAGGCGUCGACACCCAGAAGGCGGCCGGAGCGGUGCGCCAGUGCGCCGCGGACUCCCACAGGCCGGGCCGCGAGUGGAGAAAAGACGCUCAAAGUUCCAGGAAAGUCCAAAAAGGGCUCGUUAAAGAUCCGACUGAGUAAACUGUUCCGGACUAAAAGCUGCAGCGGCUCCAGUCACCUCCUGGACAAGAGGCCCUCGGUGACAUAUUCAGUGUCUUCUGCCGGGAGUCUGGUGGACAUGGCGAGUUCAGCCGGAGCUGAGCAGGAUGCAGACAGCCACAGCCAGCCCAGACUGACCAGGGCCCACAGUGCCUUCUCCCCUGCCUCCCUCUCUGCCUCCCUCUCUACUUUCACUGGUGAGACUGUUUCUCUGGUGGAUGUGGACAUUUCGCGACGAGGGGCGAACACGCCUCACCCUCCCACGCCUCCCCCUCCUCCACGCCGAAGUCUCAGUCUUUUAGAUGACAUAGCCGGGCCUCAGCCUGGACCUUUCCUAGUGAGCGUUAUGGGCGCCUCCCUGCAGUCCCUCCCCCUGCCUCUCCCUCCUCCUCCUCCUCCCUCCCACGCCACCAUCCAGCACAGUCUCAGCCUCAAUGACGCCUUCCUCCGGGCCCUUCCUCAUUCGAACCCAUCUCCGGCUGAUGCGCCGCUCCCCAGCAGACAGGUUCCUCCCCCCAUGCUGUGUGCCCUGAGGCGGUCAGAAGCCAGCAACUUCACUGCCAGUCUGAGAGAGCUGGAGAAGUGUGGCUGGUACUGGGGACCCAUGAACUGGGAGGAUGCAGAGAUGAAGCUGAAGGGGAAACCGGAUGGCUCCUUCCUGGUCCGCGACAGUUCAGACCCUCGAUACAUCCUGAGCCUCAGCUUCAGGUCGCAGGGAGUCACACACCACACACGCAUGGAGCACUACCGAGGGACAUUCAGUCUGUGGUGUCACCCGAAGUUCGAGGACCGCUGCCACUCUGUGGUGGAGUUCAUCGAGCGAGCCAUCAUGCACUCCAAGAACGGCAAAUUCCUCUACUUCCUCCGCUCCAGAGUCCCAGGGCUUCCUCCCACUCCGGUCCAGCUGCUGUAUCCUGUAUCUCGCUUCAGCAACGUGAAGUCACUACAACAUCUCUGUCGCUUCUGCAUCCGACAAAUAGUCCGCAUCGACCACAUCCAGGAGCUUCCACUGCCCAGACCGCUGAUCUCCUACCUGAGUAAGUUUUAUUACUAUGACCCUGAGGAGGAGAUGUACCUGUCAAUCAAGAGCAUCCGGAGGGUGGUGGGAGCUGAGCAGGAGGCCGAGUCGCAGACGUAGCAGCAGAGAUCUUCUCGGCUCAAGUUUCUUAUGGUGGACUGAUCUGCACUGCUCUGCCAGUCUUCCAGCAUCAGCCAAUCAGAGUCCCUGGAAAUCAGUGUGUCCACUUGGACAGGGAUGGAUGGACCCUCCUCUGUGUUGAUUUGGACUAAUGAAAGGAGGGAGGAGUGUUUGCAGUUGGAUGGUGGGAAACAUGUUGACAUGAAGUACAGAUGCAGAGGACUCAGUCACAUCUGAGGACGGACUGCAGAGAUGUUCUCACCUGAAAACAUGCUGGCAGACACAAAGAGAGAGCCUGAAUUUUGAACUAAUUUUUCCAAUUUCCUGAACCUGCUGAACUGGACUUUUAAAACACAAUGCACUGGUCAGUUUGUACAACUGUUGUUUGCUGCCAUUUCCUUGUUUUUCCUUCCAUUCUGUCAAAGUGAGGGAUUUUAGAUUGAAAUACACCCUCAUGACAGAUGUACGCACAGAGGCAGGGCAGCAGAGGCCCGUCACUCAGCAUGACUGCUCAUCUCCAGCAUCAGUAACUGAACCUGAAAUCUGGCCCUCAGAAUCAGCUGAAUCUGGAUUUAGCUUUUUCCUGAGAGGAAACGGUGACAUUUCUUCAUUUUGUCAUCAUUCCUUUGACAUGCUGCGAUGUAGUUGGAUAAAGAUAACUUAUCUUUUACAUGCCAGGCAAGAUUGUGUAUGUAAUUUGAUUAAUCAUAAAUUUGCAGCACUGAAGAAGAAUAUCAACUCCAUUUGGCCAUUCACUUGCAGAGGCUGCACAGGAAAGGUUUCAUAAUUUCAUCAGAGGAGAACCAUGAGAAUGGAGGCAACAGUUAAUUUCACUAUUAAUGCAGUACCUUGUGAAAGUAUUCGGCCCCCUUGAACUUUUCAACCUUUCGCCACAUUUCAGGCUUCAAACAUAAAGAUAUAAAAUUUUAAUUUUUUGUCAAGAAUCAACAACAAGUGGGACACAAUCGUGAAGUGGAACGAAAUUUAUUGGAUAUUUUAUACUUUUUAACAAAUAAAAAACUGAAAAGUGGGGUGUGCAAUAUUAUUCGGCCCCUUUACUUUCAGUGCAGCAAACUCACUCCAGAAGUUCAGUGAGGAUCUCUGAACAAUCCAAUGUUGUCCUAAAUGACUGAUGAUGAUAAAUAGAAUCCACCUGUGUGUAAUCAAGUCUCCAUAUAAAUGCACCUGCUCUGUGAUAGUCUCAGGGUUCUGUUUAAAGUGCAGAGAGCAUCAUGAAGACCAAGGAACACACCAGGCAGGUCCCAGAUACUGUUGUGGAGAAGUUUAAAGCCGGAUACAAAAAGAUUUCCCAAGCUUUAAACAUCUCAAGGAGCACUGUGCAAGCAAUCAUAUUGAAAUGGAAGGAGUAUCAGACCACUGCAAAUCUACCAAGACCCGGCCGUCCCUCUAAACUUUCACCUCGAACAAGGAGAAGACUGAUCAGAGAUGCAGCCAAGAGGCCCAUGAUCACUCUGGAUGAACUGCAGAGAUCUACAGCUGAGGUGGGAGAGUCUGUCCAUAGGACAACAAUCAGUCGUACACUGCACAAAUCUGGCCUUUAUGGAAGAGUGGCAAGAAGAAAGCCAUUUCUCAAAGAUAUCCAUAAAAAGGCUCGUUUAAAGUUUGCCACAAGCCACCUGGGAGACACACCAAACAUGUGGAAGAAGGUGCUCUGGUCAGAUGAAACCAAAAUCGAGCUUUUUGGCCACAAUGCAAAACGGUAUGUUUGGCGUAAAAGCAACACAGCUCAUCACCCUGAACACACCAUCCCCACUGUCAAACAUGGUGGUGGCAGCCUCAUGGUUUGGGCCUGCUUUUCUUCAGCAGGGACAGGGAAGAUGGUUAAAACUGAUGGGAAGAUGAAUGGAGCCAAAUACAGGAGCAUUCUGGAAGAAAACCUGUUGGAGUCUGCAAAAGACCUGAGACUGGGACGGAGAUUUAUCUUCCAACAGGACAAUGAUCCAAAACAUAAAGCCAAAUCUACAAUGGAAUGGUUCACAAAUAAACGUAUCCAGGUGUUAAAAUGGCCAAGUCAAAGUCCAGACCUGAAUCCAAUGGAGAAUCUGUGGGCAGAGCUGAAGACUGCUGUUCACAAACGCUCUCCAUCCAACCUCACUGAGCUGGAGCUGUUUUGCAAGGAAGAAUGGGCAAGAAUUUCAGUCUCUCGAUGUGCAAAACUGAUAGAGACAUACCCCAAGCGACUUGCAGCUGUAAUUGCAGCUAAAGGUGGCGCUACAAAGUAUUAAUGCAAGGGGGCCGAAUAAUAUUGCACGCCCCACUUUUCAGGUUUUUAUUUGUUAAAAAAUUUUAAAAUAUCCAAUAAAUUUCGUUCCACUUCAUGAUUGUGUCCCACUUUUUGUUGAUUCUUGACAAAAAUUACAAUUUUAUAUCUUUAUGUUUGAAGCCUGAAAUGUGGCGAAAGGUUGAAAAGUUCAAGGGGGACGAAUACUUUCACAAGGCACUGUAUGUGUGACAACUAUUCUCUUAAAUAACUGACCAACUAUUUGGUGUAAAAAAUGUCAUUUUUAACUGAGAUCCAAGUUAAGCCCAGUCUCACAGAAAUGUGCCAUAGCUGCUUUACUCCAUAGAGCAAAAAUGUAUUAUUUUGUGAGAUACUGACAUUUUAGGGGCUAUUUUUGGGGUUAUUAAUCAUCCUUGCAACAUAGAAAAGAAUGAAUUCAUUGUUUCCUGUUUGCACGGGUGUAUUUUAAACCAAACUAUCAUCUUUUUCUGAAUCUAGCUAAGAAGUUCUGUAGCAUAAAAAAAGAAACAAAAAGCGUGUGAAAACAAGAGACGACAACAAUUACAAAUAAAAGUGAACCCCAACUGAAAAUGUCAAAAAAACGUCCCACAAGAGACUAAAACCCCUGAAUCCCUAGUGAAAGCUCUCAGGUUUAUGCCACCUUCCCUCCAGCCAUUUUACAUGGACUUUUUUGGUCUUUUUAUGUGUAAAGUGAAAGAAAUCGAGGAGGUACCAUGGCUGCGCAUCUCACAAUUUUACAGCCUUUGCUAUGAAAUUGAUGUAGAUAUUACACAUUUUGGUAUGAGACUGUGUUGGACCAACAAACACCCAAAGAUGCUCCAUCAUAGAAAACUAAUAUUUACUCUGCAAACAACCGGCAGAGUUAUGUGACGAUCUGUGUGCAUUAGUCCGUCUGUUAGCAAAACAUUACUCAAAACAGAUCAAUGGAUUUGGAUGAAAUUUUCAGGGAAGGUCAGAAAUGACACAAGGACCACCUUAUUAGAUUUUGGCAGUGAUGCAGCUUAUAGUCUGGAUCCAUGGAUUGGUUAAAGAUUUCUGUAUCAUUGCGAGAUAGCGGCACAGCCUCACUACUGCCUGCUGACCAUCACAUGAUUGUGAUCCUACUAUAAAUCUGCCAUUGUGGAUUUAGUGGGACUUAUUAGUCCAAAAUGAUACAAAGUACAACUGAUUAAAUUGUGGGAGUGUU